GCAGAAGACGUGAUCGGACGCAGUGUUCCUGAGAGAUUGGUGGCGCAGGUCGUAAAGAAACUCGGAAGUAUACUUGUUGUGCAUUUACUUGAAAUUCCACUCCUGUCGCGCUUUUCCGGAGCGCUCACACACAUGCAGCGAUGCAUCGCGUCUCAGGCGGUGCACCGAGGAAGGCGGCCGUCGGGGACAAGACGGUAAAUUGGCAAUCAGCAAGAAAUGACAGCGAGGAGGCGGCGCGGGGAGUAGCCUCCAUGGCGAGUCCCAGCGGCACGCACAGGGCCGAGGCGGAGGCUGUGGUUUUCUCCAUUCAGUUUUACGGCAAGACCAUUGGUGAAGUGGGACUGAUGGAUCAAGACUUGUCACAGCUGGACUGGCAAAGAUUUAAGUCGUACAUAUUUCAGAAUUUGCUGAGUAUGAAUAACCAAGAGAACAUAUGCAUUAGCUACAGUGAUGAUGAAGGAGAUAAGCUUCCUAUUGAGUCUGAGGAAGAGUACAGAGAGGCACUUAAGGUGGCCAAGAAGAAGGCAGAAACUCAUGACAAAAUGGUACUGGACCUCACACGGCAAGGAGGCCUCCCUACUGUGUUCUCUAUUGUUUCCUCGGGGAUCAAACGUGUGAGUUCCUCUCCACCUAAGGAGGGGGGAAUCUCCUUCUUUAAGUCUGCCUCACCUCCCAAGGACUCUUCAGGCUUCAUGGCAAGGACCAGUGCACCUGACCGGAGGAUCUUCCCAUCUCUGUUCUCUGCUGAUAGAGGUGAGGGAGAGAUGCCUGGCAGGGGAGCACGACCCAAGACGCCAACAAGAGAUAGUGAGCAGCCUCCAGAAUGGUUCUCUACUUACAUGGAUAAGUUCCGUGAGGAGUUGUGUGAUGAGGUGAUCACCAGGCUGGCACACAUGAUGAGGGACGAGUGUUAUUUUGGCCUUGAGACAGACAAACAGAAACCUAAAAAUGAGAUCUUACAAGCUGAAUUGAGAGAACCACCAUGGAGGAGUUCAAGGACAGAGAGUGAUAUUGUGAAAGAUUAUUCACAACUACCACAAAUUAAAAUUAAUUAUCCAACUGUCUCUAAUAAUUUUUGGCCAGAGAGUGACCUUCCAACUGACCUCACAACUGUACCACUAGAAAAGGUCAUGCCCCUGAGAAGGCAGAGGAAAUCAUGCAAUCCACAGAAAAGGAAUAGUUUCCCCAUUGCUUUCAAUGAAGUGAAGGGCAGUGUGAAGGAUAACCAAUCAGAAGCAGAGAACUGUUUCAAAAAGAAAGAAGAGGAUGUGAAAGAGGAUACUAGAAAAGCAGAUCAUGAAGCCAAGUCAAAUAUUACUCAGAAGAGGAGUAGCUUCAAAUUUGGCUUCAGUGAGCUAAGUGACAUUGGAAAGGAAAAGGCUCCAAAUGGAGAGAGCAGUUCAAAGAAGAAAGAAAGGGAUGGAAAAGAAAAUAUAAAGAGUGCUGAUGUCGGAGUUAAACGCAAAAAAAGUACAAGAGAAGAUGAGAGGUUUAACAUGUGGCUUCAAAAGAUGGAGGAGAAGAUGGCAAGGAAACAUGGAAAGAUGGAGGAAAGAUUUGUAAAGAAGCAUGAGAAAUUGGAAGAAAGGCUUGUUAAAAAACAAGAAAAGUUAGCCGAAAGAUUCCAGAAGCAACAGGAAAAGGUAGAAAGAAGGAAACCAUCAAGCAACAGGCUUCUGGAUAUGGAGAAGAGCAUGCGUGCACAGGGGAAGGUACUUGCCAAGAUGGAGGGUCUGAGGAAGAAACAGACAUGUACUUCUGAAGAAUUAAGCAAACUGCGUAAGGUGGUGGAUAAACAUCACAAGGCUGCAGACAAACACCAUGAAAUGGACCAACGGCAGCUGAGGCGCUCUGAGCGCAAGGCUAACUAUCUAAAAGCUGGGAAGACCAGGAAAAUAGAUAUUGAUGCCAAGGCCUUCCCUGUUGAUCCAUCUCUCCUGCACAAAGCCCUUCUGGAAUUGGAAUCCUUGGCAGAAGACUCACCCAGUGAGAGCCACUCCUCUGCUACCGUAGGAUAUAAUGCAUUCUAUGUGAGGGACAUCACCUACCCUGAUGGCUCUCAGGUGCCAAGUGGAACAAAAUUUGAGAAAACCUGGAGGGUAUUGAAUUCUGGACUGAUGCCAUGGAAUGAAAAGACUGAGUUGUGUAAGUGGUCUCAAGUGCAGUUCCAUGGAUCACCUGUGAACUGGAAGUUGAAACCAUUGCAGAAGAAGGUGGUGUGCCCCCCUUUGAAGCCUGGAGAGUGUGGAAACAUUUCCAUUACAUUUAUUGCACCAAAUGAACCUGGGUGGUAUGCUACACACUGGAGGUUCUGCCAGCAGGGCCGUGUGUUUGGGAACCAGAUCUGGUGUGCUGUUCAUGUAAGCGACAGCACCGAUACUGCCCAUGAGACCCAGAUAACGUGUGCUAAUACUGAAAUUGGUCCUGAUGUGGCCCAGGCAAACAUUUCAGAAAACAGUGAGAAAAAGGAAAGUCCAGAAACAGAAACUUCUGAAGAACA